CUUGGGGAUGUAUAUAUUCUCCGAUGCCAAAGCCCAAAGGCAUCCGUCAGUACACAGCAGAGAGCUUGGAAUUUUUGAAGCCCAAAAAUGGUGAACUACCUCCUGAUGAUAGCUGCGGAGCUCGAGAACCUCACCAACCUUGAGCCCCAAGGUGGCUGCGACGACCCCAACUUUUCCUACCUCUUUAAGGUGAAAUGUGGGAGGUGUGGAGAGGUAAGCCAGAAAGAAACUAGUGUGACCUUGAGUGAGACCGUUGCUCUCCCAGCUGGUAAAGCAACCACUAAUCUCAUUCAGAAGUGCAAGUUUUGUGGAAGGGAUGGUACUGUAACAAUGAUCCCAGGCCGAGGUAAACCACUGACGCAAGAAGUAAGUGAAUCUGGGAAGCAUAGCCCCUUGAUGUUGUUUGACUGCAGGGGUUACGAGCCUAUUGAAUAUGUAUUCAGCGGUGACUGGAAAGCUGAAUCGAUUGCAGGAACUAAAUUUCACAGCAUUGACUUGUCAGGAGGGGAAUAUGCAGAAUAUGAUGAGAAGGGAGAGUGCCCAGUUAUGAUAUCCAAUCUUCGUUCUACUUUUGAUGUGGUGAAGUAGAGAGUAGUACUCUCUUGUCAGCAUUAUGUCUUCGUAUAUAUGAAUAACACUUUUUCUCUGGAUGAGGUAGAAGCAUUCAGAUACUUUUUAUAAUCUAUGGAUUGGUUUAUCACUGAAAUUGGCUGAAUGUGACAUGUUUGACUUGGAUUUGUUCAUAAAAUUUCUGAUUCGAGCUA